UUCAUUUCGUGCGGUAAUGCAACUUGAAGUAGAAAUUUUAUAUUAAUUAUUUGUUUUGCCAAAAACGCUGCAUGAUGCUAAACAAUCGCCGCUUCGAGCAUGAAGGCUCUGGUUUUGGGGAGCGACAUAAGCAAAUGUUUCUGCUCUUCUGCGGCUUGAUGGUGGCCUUCGCCAUGCGCGUAAAUCUCUCGGUGGCCAUUGUAGCUAUGACAGAAUUUCCGGAGUACAACUGGUCGGAGCAAACCAAGUCGUUGGUCUUGAGCAGCUUCUUCUGGGGCUAUGUGUUCACCCAAGUGCCUGCUGGUCUGUUGGCGCGUAAGUUCGGUCCUAAGAUCACCAUCGGCAUUGGUUUAUCCAUCUGCUCGUUGUUGAAUGUGCUGACGCCACUUUGCGCACGCCUCGGCGGCUGGCAGUGGCUCUGCGCAGUGCGUCUGCUCGAGGGUCUAUGCCAAGGCGUGCUGUAUCCCUCCUACCACACACUGAUCUCCGCUUGGGUGCAGCCGCUAGAACGCGCCUCUUUGGGCACUUAUGCCUAUGUAGGCGCGACCUUUGGCACGAUUAUUAUGCUGGCGACAAGUGGACUGCUUGCCGCUGUUGCGGGCUGGCCAAGCAUCUUUUAUAUUUCUGGCGGUGCUGGCUGUCUUUGGGUAGUGGCUUACUUUAUGCGCGGCGCCAGCUCACCGCAGGAUUCUAGUUGCAUCUCUGAAGCAGAGCGCGCGCUUAUUGAGCUGGCUCAGGCCAAAGAGCUGGCCAUCAAGUCGGAGCAAGCGCAGGACAAGCAGCUGCCCACGCCCUGGCUAAGCUUCUUUGCAUCGCCUGCCUUCUUGGCUCUGAUUGCCACACACAGCGCAUCGACUUGGGGCUUCUGGACGCUGUUAACUCAGAUACCCAGCUAUAUGAAAAAUGUGCUGGACAAAGACAUUAAGGCAAAUGCACUGCUCUCCUCACUUCCCUACGUGGUCAUGCUCAUACUCAGUCUUGUAUUUGUUUGGAUGUCUAAGCUGCUGCAGCGGCAAAAGUCGCUGUCGGUCGUCUUCAGCCGCAAGCUCUUUAAUACAAUUGGUCAGUGGGUGCCCAUGUGCCUGCUCGUUGCCCUAGGCUAUGUGCCCAAGGAUAAGGAGACACUCGCUGUGAUUCUUCUCUGUCUUACAGUGGGUAUAAGUGCAGCCGCCCAACUGGGAUUUGUGAUCAAUCACAUUGAUCUAUCGCCCAACUUUGCUGGCAUCCUCAUGGGCAUCAGCAAUGGAAUUGCCAACGUCAUGAGCAUUGUGGGUCCGCUGCUGGUGGGCUUCAUUGUUACCAAUAAGCACGAUGCCAAUCAAUGGCGCUUGGUGUUCUUCAUAGCCGCUGGCUUCUAUUUUGUGGGCAAUGGUCUCUUUGUCAUCUUUGGGCGUGCCAGCAUUCAGCCCUGGAACGAUGCCAGCUCCAAGCGGCAACGGCAACUUGGAUCUCAGGUGUAUAUGGAGUGCACUGAAAAGUGCUAGUAAAUAAAUAUAAACAAAAUAUACAUACAUUUGUUAUAAAUA